GAAAUCUGGUGCACGAAACAGACGGAACAAAGCUCAGAAAACUAGAAACAACCAAUCCACUUUCGUUUUGCAUUUGACAUUGAACGCCCUUUGUUAUAAAGUUCUUGGCGGAUAGCACACCAUACCUGAUUUGGCGGUUGGAGAGAUUUUGAUCGUUUUAUUAUGAAUCAUUUUGGCCCUCAAUAUGGUAUUACACCAUCCUCAGCAUUUUAUUCUCAAGAUAUGAAUACGUCAUUCGAUUUAGGAAAUGCUGCUCCAAGACCUGGACCUAGACCUUUUGGUUUUGAGGUCUCUCCAAUGGACUUCCAGUCGACACCACCUCCCUAUCGAAGUGAUGGUGGUUUUUCAGUUAGUUCAAAUCCUCACUAUUAUGCUAGACCUGGUAUGGUGCCUUCUGCUGACGAAACGUGCGUUAAUUUUUCAGAACAACAGCACCCACUACCCUCUGGUGUUUCAGAAAACGCUAAUAUGUCCGCUGACUACCAAAACCAGUACGCCUUCCGUAUUCCUCCAGAAGCAUCUAAUUGGAUGUCUAUGAAUUCAUCAGCCAACAGCUUUCAUUCUGAUGUUUACAACCAUCCUUCACAACCGAAUCCUACACCUCAAUCAGUAUACACGGGACCCCCAGUUCGUUAUCAAAGGAAUACUGGAUUCCCAAACCGUGGACGUCCUAAACCAUCCGGUCAUUUUAAAGGAAAUAAAGAAGCUACUCGUAAUCGUCAAAACCCACCUGCUGCGCCAAAGGAGGCAACAGUUUUCUAUUGUGAAGUUUGCAAAGUCAGUUGUGCAAGUUCACGUGCAUUCAAGGAUCAUGAAGAUGGUCAACGCCACAAGAAACGAAUGUCACAGGCUGAAGCCUUCGAAGAAUUGAAGAAAAAAGUAUCUACUGAUGACAAUUCAUCGUUGGUUGUGACAUCUGAAAAUCAACUGCGUUGUGAACUUUGUGAUGUUGCUUGUACCGGUGUUGAUUCAUAUAAAUCUCAUAUAUCUGGUAAACAACACCAGCGUACAAUGAAGUUACACAAAGACCUGGGAAAACCUGUUCCAGAAACUGAUAAUCCUCUUGUACCCGCCGCUGUAGCAGAUAAACUUGCCUCUGCAACUGAGGAGGCGAAAACUAGUGAAACAAGCGAAAAUGAAGCACCUGACACGACAACACCAAACAACAAACUAAUGAAGCAUGUCGACAUAAAACAACUUAUGGGUCCUGAAAAUCCACCUAUCGGUCAAGAGUAUAUAGAAACAAUUGUCAGUGAAAAUGGUAAAAGUGUUUCUUAUCGUUGUAAAUUAUGCGAGUGUGAAAUUCCAAGUAUAGACACUCGAGACUGCCAUCUACGUGGUCGACGUCAUCGUACCCAAUACAAAAAGAAAGUUGAUCCAUCAUUCGUUGUUGAUCCAAACUCUGGAAAUCAACUUUUACGUAAAUCAUCCAAUGGAAAAGAUAAAAGAAAUAAACACUCUGAUUCAAAGUCGAACACUAGCAGUUUUCCCAGUUCCAAUACCUUACGCAACAGUGGAAAUAUGGGGGUUGGCAGUGCUGCCUUAUUAGCAUAUGAUCGUAUACCUGGUAGAAUGUAUGGUCCACAGACGCCUAAUAAAUCUCUCGAAAAUAGAUAUAUUUAUGCCAAGCAUGCCUCUUUGGUACCAACACCUCUGGAAACUCAGGCAAUGAUGAUGGCUGUUAAUAUUUGCAAGCAGGCUAUGAAAGAUGUCAGUGAUGAUUUAUUAAAGCAAGUACGUUUAGCCUCUGACUCCAGUGGUGGUACUGUCAAUGAUUCAAAGAAUGGUGAAGUUAAAGUAGAUGAAGGUGAAGAAAAAGUAGGCGAACGUCUACUCACCGGUAUUCUACACGCCGGUUCACUGGGGAAAAAUUUACUCCUGAGAGGUGAACAUUUAGUCCACCUUGUCUUAAUGUGUUCUAAAUGGCCAACAGAAGAGCUGACAACUUACGUAUCAACUGAGAUUACAAAUAUAAUGAAGUCACUGGAAUCCCGUCUUGAAUAUACUAUCACACCAGAACCUUCUUCGGGAAAAAUUAUGGUUGUUGUGUCCUGUCCGGAUCCGUCUGCACUAAACGAGAAUGAUUUACCCGCUGAUGUCAUCAGUCCAAAGAAGGAAUCUUCUCCCUCUGUAUGGCCUGUUAUAACUUUGAUAGUUUCACUGUCAUCUCCAGUAGUGUUGGACGAAAAGACAGUUGCUACUACAGAUAUAUCAGAAGUACCAAUUAUUAAACGUUUGGUCACUAAUGGUAAUCGGCUACCAAAGAAGGUGUGCAUUGAAUCGUUGGAAGCUGUUCACCAGGCAAAGUGGUUUAUGAACGCUUCAUCAAGAGGUCCACUUCUCGUGGUCAGUCGUAUUUUACGCGAUUUCCUCCAAUCAAAUGACUACUGGAUUGAUUUGAAUGAGUUUGAUGUGGAGGCACACCUUGAUCGUCUUUUAUGCCUUGAGUAUGACUUUUUGGCACGUGUUAGUGCUGCUCCAUCUCCGCCUAACCAACCGCCAAGAACUUUUGUCCCACCAUAUUUGAUAAAUGAUUUAUUUCAACCGUGUAAAUUGUUGCGUAAAUUCUUCGAGUCAUUGGCUUGUGGAUACAUGUAUAUGGCUGUUGAACAACACAAACAACAACAACAAUUGUCCAGCGGAGCUACAAACAAUACUGCCCAGUUGCCUCUUGACGAUCGAAUUCCUCUAGCCUGUACAAAACCAUUUUAUCUAACUAUUAACAAUGGAGUUUCAAAGGAAUUCUGCGAAAAGAUAACUAUCUCCGCCCAGCUGAUUGUACGACAAAUUGCAUUUAGACAAAUUUAUAAAGUUCUCGAUAUGGAACCUUUUCCUUCAACAUACAAUAAUAAUAAUUAUAAUAAUACAGAUGAAAGUCAAUCUGAUCUUAAGUAUAAUAACUCCUCAAGUGUUGAUGAUGUGUCUGAAGAUCAAGAUGCUGAUGGUGACGGCGGCAGUGAUGGUGCUGGUGUUAAAAGACGACAGCCGCCGCCUACUGGCGAUAACAUAAAUUCUGACUGUGGUGGUGCCGGUGGUGAAGCCAAUGCUGAUGGUGAUGAGAAUGGCGGUGAUGCUGAUGACGGCGGAGUUCAAGAAGAUCCAAUUAGGGCUGAAAAAAUGGAACCAUUGUAUAAUUCACCUAAAAGAAAUCGUCGUAGUGAUCGUUUGAAACCUACACAGUAGUAGCAGUAGUAGUAGGGAAGAGUAGUGGAAGUUUGAUGAAGGGUAGAUAAUUUCGUACAUUUACUACUACUAC